AUGGCCAUCAUCAACCAAGGCCUCGUCGACAGUGCCAAUAUCGCCGCCAGGGCUGUCCACCUUGUUGCCCAACAGUCCAUAGCUUCUACCGUCUCAUCCGCGAUAAAUUCCGCGACAUCGAGUCCCAUACCAACGUCAACAUCGGCGACUUACUUUAGUACGGGCGGUUCCCUGUCAACGACGUCGCCUGAUCCUACACCAACUUCAACCGGGAACAAUGGCAACAAUGGCAACAAUAACAGUGGCACGAGCUCGCCGCUGCUGUUUUUUGUUGCUCUAGGAUUUGGGGUGGUUUUCACCAACCUCUGGAUUAUUGUUGGUGUCAAGUACUGCUUCCGGUACAAUGCCCGUAACCGCCAGAUGCGUGGGCUUGAUGAGAAUGGCGAGCCCAUCAAUCUCGAAAACAUGCCUACAAGGCCGCAUCGCCGCCGCCGUGAGAAGAAGCUCAUGACAAUGGACGAAGUCAACGACAAGUUCCCAAUGAUGAAGUACAAAUCUUGGGCUGCCGAUCGUGCGAAGGAAGGAUUGCCAACCACGGGUGGUGUCUCAGUCCCACCAAGCAGGGCCAACAGUGUCAGAAGUGUGCAAGGGAUUGUGCCCGAACUGCCUUCGAAGGAGCGGGAAUCCAGCGUCACACCCCAGUUCAAGACGGAAGCUGCAAGCCCGCAUGGCACGUCUGGCAGCGGCGAUAACGACACGACUCUCACGCAUGCGCAAACCGAAGCUAGCAUACUGACCAAAGAUCCUGAUCGGGCCCAUGGAAGUGAUGAUGAGGAGGACGACGAACACAUCAACGCCGCCCUACCACCUGAACUGAUGGCUACUUCGGGCGACACCUGUGCUAUUUGUAUAGACACGCUAGAGGACGAUGACGAUGUGCGCGGUCUGACCUGUGGUCAUGCAUUCCAUGCUGUUUGCCUCGACCCCUGGUUGACUAACCGAAGGGCUUGCUGUCCCCUUUGCAAAGCCGACUAUUACACUCCUAAGCCAAGGCCUCCACCAGCUGACGCAGACCCGCUGAAUCCCGCAUCGUCCAAUGCACCCAAUCCAGGGAGGAACAACGGGCGUCUCAACAUGCCCCGUUCACCCCAGAGGACGUUUACGGGCUGGAACCUGAGAGGUACCGUGCGGACUGCCACGGGGCAACAAAUGGCGAGCAGUGCUCCUGCUCACAGCAGAGCCCCAAGAAUAUGGGAGAGGCGGCGCCAUGAAGCGGCUCCGUCGCACAACCAGGCUACGCCGACCACCGCGGCUCAGGAUGAGCAAGAUCAGGGCCUCUUGACAAGACUCAGGAGUCGUAUCCCGCCUUUGCGGGUGAAUGAUCUUAUGGACCGCUCUCGCGGUAACGCGUCGAACGGUACUCAACAACCACUUGCGUCGGGUGCCAACCAUGCGACUACCACACCUUCUCAGCUCGAGGCAGGAACAGGAUCAUCAGCCACACCAGCAAGAUAG